AUGUACACCUUAAUGACGUCACUUAAGACUAUAAAAGUAAAAAUCUGCAGCUUGCAAACCAGGACACCUAACAGAACCUCAGAGAUCCAAGAUACCGCAAUGUUUCGCGCAACUGUUCUCCUCUGCAUUCUGGCCUAUGCCUUCUGUGACUACGACAAAAAACUUCCAUACAGUGCAAACUAUUACAGUCAAGGGAGUCUUUUCUCUAGGGGAGGAUUUGGUGGAGGAAACAUAGGAUUCGGCAAUUUAAGGGGAGGUAAUCUCGGAUUUGGCAAUGUUGGUGGACUCAGAAUAGGAGCACCUUCUUUUGGUGGAGUCAACUUUGGUGGAUUUGGAGGUCAAAGUUUCAGAUCCUUCUUCUCUAGUCCCGGAGGUGCUGCUGCAUCAAGUGCUGCUGCUUCUGGUGGCCCGUUUGGUGGAUCUGCAGCAUCUUCAUCCGCAGCAUCUGGUGGAUUAAGAGGUCCCCAAUUCGUUGGUGGUAACUUUGGCAAUACUGGAUUUCAAAGCUUCAGGUUUUUUGGUCCCGGUGGUAGCGUAGCUACUGGUAGUGCUGCCGCCAGUGAUGAUGGCUCGGCUGCUGCUUCAUCUGCUGCGGCGGGUAAUGGAGCUGCCGCGGCCUCAGCAGCUGCAGCAUCUCCAUCACUUGGAUUUCCUGGCCUAGCGUCAUUCCCAGGCAAUGUCUACCCCUAUCCUGGAAGUUUCCCUACCUAUCCCGGAAGUUUCUCUUCCUAUCCAGGAAGUCUCUACUCAUAUCCUGGAAACGCGUACUCCUUUCCAGGUCAAUCCUUUUAUCCUGGAAGUUUAAACACCUUUCCUGGUAGUGUGUUACCCGGGUCCAUUAAUCGUCCUUUACACAGAUCAAAGGUUUAUUGAAAAUGAUUCGUUUGAAAUUGCCCGACUCCUGGCUGCCCGAAAGACAAGGAUCCUGUUCAUGUUGUGUUAUUAUUGAAUUUGUUGAAUAAAUGUUAAGCAUCCACGAAAAA